CAGAGAGCGAAAGAGCGCGACCACACAGUGGCAAUGAGUGCGCCACAAUGCGAUGCACAGAACUUGAAGAACACAAUUCAGAAAUGAUUUGCGUUUGAGACGGACGGGUUAUUGUGGAACGGUUGUAUUGGCUAAAGUGUUGGAUGUUAAUCAACAACAACAACACUAAAUAUUAAAAUCAUUUUCCUGCAUUCUUCGUACACACACACAACCACAUACACAAGGAGUCCGCCAACGGGGCAUGUGGAAGGAAGUUUGAGCAGUGAAAAAAAUAUAUCAAAAAAGUGUUCUAAUUUGCAAAAAAAAAAAAAAAAAAACAAGAGGCAACGAAAAAGCAUGGAAUUCACAUUAAAAGCAAAGGCGAGCUGGUGAAAGUGUUGCUGUUUGUAGCACUCAUAAUAUUCUAAGUACUGAGGUCGUUGGUACUGCCUGCGCAGCGUAAGCAGAUCACCCUCCGCCCGUUGCGGACUAUUCGAGCGUCGCACACAAAAAAUACGUCUACAGCUAAAAAUAGCAGGCCAAAAAAUUUCUGUUGUUAAAAAUAUUUUGCUCGACGUCGAGACGAGACAAGUGAAGUGAUGAUGUGAAUUGAGAUCUCGUACGAAAAUAAAUAUUAAGUAGUGUACGCAUUUUUUCGAGUUGUAAUUGUGCAAAUGAUAUUACAAAAUAAAUUUAGUAUAUACAUAGUACAUAUGUAUGUAUAGUUGUGCGUAUGGAGGCGCUUCUGUCGUGAAAAGAAAAUACAAGAAAUUUCAUAAUUUCACUUUAUCUCCACCCCUCGCCAGCACACCUGCUCGCUGGUUGUGGCAGCGCUAGAAAGCGAACGAGCUCAAUGCUUGCAAGUGUCCGAAACCAAAUGACAGUUGUGCAAUUUAGAAAAAGAGGUGAACACGUAGGCACAUACAUAAGUAGAUGAGAAGACGAAAACAAAAAGAAAUAGUAAAGAAAAAGAAAUCACAAAAAAUUGUAUUUAAAGAACAUUUUGUGUAAUAAAAUCGUCAAAACAAAAUAAGAUUUCUGGUCCGUGUACACACGGAAGCCUUGUAAUUGCAGAUUUAUGUGGUGCCACAGGCGAAGGAACUUUCAUACAUAGAUACAUCGUAGUAUUGUACAUCGAAGGGUGCACAUACGCGCGUACAGUGUGUGCAAACGUACAUACAUACAUACGUGUACAUACAAAUUUAAGCGAACGCAUGUUUGUUUGUUAAUAAAUCUCAGUUGUCCGUGUGUGUUUCAUGAAAUUUUAAUUUAGUGUGUAAUGAUUUGUAUGUGAUCUCGACUGUGCUGAAGAAAACUGAGGAAAACACUGCACAACAACAACCAGCGCAGGCAAAAGCGAAGGCGAAUAAGGCAGCCAAAUAAGGAAGACCCCAUCACAAUUCUUCUGCUGAGCGCAUGUCAGCAAGAAUUCAUUGCUGAAAUAAGAGGAUGACAGCUGAAGUUAUGGCUACAGACACAAAUUGGGAUCCCGCACUUUCGAAACUCAUAACAUCACUAAAGGAGGCGGAGAACCUUUCCAAUGACCAGGAAAUCGAUUUCCUCAAAGCCUUGCUCGAAUCGAAGGAGCUGAAUGCGCUCGUCAAUGUGCACACAAAAGUAGCCAAAGUAGGUCGAGACGAUCGACUGGCGCCGGUGCUCUCCACAUCCGGACAGAUUUUAUAUGAAGUGCUGGAACAGCUCUCACAGCGUUGCCACCUAAACGAGGAGUGCAAAGAGGCCUUUCAUUUGUUGCAAGAACCGCAUUUACAGAGUCUUUUAUAUGCACACGAUGCCAUUGCGCAAAAGGACUUCUAUCCGCAUUUGCCGGAAAUACCCAUUGAAAUGGAUGAGGAUGAGGAAACAAUUAAAAUUGUGCAGCUGGUGAAGAGCAAUGAGCCAUUGUCAGGAGCACAAAGUGCGGAACCGAUUGUUGGCGCAACCAUCAAAACGGACGAGGAAACGGGCAAGAUAAUUAUAGCGCGUAUUAUGCAUGGCGGCGCCGCCGAUCGUUCCGGACUGAUACACGUGGGCGAUGAGGUGAUCGAGGUGAACGGCAUUAAUGUGGAGGGUAAAACGCCUGGCGAUGUGCUGAGCAUUUUGCAAAACUCUGAAGGCACGAUCACUUUCAAGCUCGUGCCAUCGGACGGCAAGGGUGGUCAACGUGAGUCUAAAGUGCGUGUACGUGCGCACUUCGAUUAUAAUCCCGAAACAGAUCCGUAUAUACCCUGCAAAGAGGCGGGUCUGGCAUUCCAACGUGGCGAUAUUUUACAUAUCGUCUCGCAGGAUGAUGCCUACUGGUGGCAGGCUCGCAAAGAGUCGGAACGCACUGCCCGCGCUGGCCUGAUACCGAGCCGCGCGCUACAAGAGCGACGCAUUAUACACGAACGUUCACAAUUUGAGGCGAGCGAAGGCGAUUCAAAGAAGGGCUCUUGCGCUUCCAUAUGCACCACCCCGCCCGGUACACCCAUGUUGCAUUCUAGCAGUAGUACCUCCUCAUGUCGUCAGCCUAAAACUAAAAAGAUUAUGUACGAUUUGACAGAGAACGAUGACUUCGAUCGGGAGAUGAUAGCCACCUAUGAAGAGGUUGCCAAAUUGUAUCCACGUCCGGGCGUUUACCGACCAAUAGUGUUGAUUGGCGCUCCCGGCGUUGGGCGCAAUGAGCUGAGACGUCGCCUGGUGGCGCGUGAUCCAGAGAAAUUCCGCAGUCCAGUGCCAUAUACUACACGUCCUAUACGCACCGGGGAGGUUGCCGGUCGUGAGUAUAUAUUUGUUGCCCGCGAUAAGAUGGAGGCUGAUAUUGCGGCUGGCAAAUUUAUCGAACAUGGCGAGUAUAAGGGUCAUUUGUACGGCACUUCGGGUGAGAGUGUCAAGUCGAUUGUCAAUGCCGGCUGCGUUUGCGUACUCAGUCCACACUAUCAAGCCAUUAAAGCUUUGCGUACGGUACAAACGAAACCUUUUAUUAUUCAUAUAAAACCACCGGAAUUCGAUGUAUUGAAAAAGACGCGCACGGAGGCUCGAGCCAAGUCGACUUUUGACGAGAGUAAUGCACGAGGUUUUACGGACGAAGAAUUCAACGAUAUGCUUAAAUCAGCUGAACGCAUCGAUUUUCUUUAUGGCCACUUCUUCGACGAGAUCAUCGUGAAUGGCGAACUACUGAUAGCCUUUGAGCAGAUAAUGAAUACAGUGCAACGCAUUGAAAAUGAACCACUGUGGGCACCCGCUGCGUGGGUGCAAUAAAUAAGAUCGCUAAACUGGCUGUGCAAAAACGAAACAAAAUGCAAAUACCAAACAACAACAAAUGUUAGGCAACCAGAAAAAGACAAACACUGCUGAUGAAAAACAAAAACAACAUAUGCCAAAAACUAGAACACAAAUAAACAUAAAUAAAUAUAUACAGAAUACUUAAUUUUAAAUCAAUAAUAAUAAUGAAGUAGAAGUUGAAAGAAGAAAUUAAAUUAUGAAUUUGUCAUGAAAACACCAAAAACUCAUGCAUAAGAUGUUAAAGAAUUUUUCGAUUUUUCUAUGAAUAAGUAGUUAACAAAUGAUGAAAUUUCGCGAAAUAUCACAUUUCAAGUUUGGUAGAAAGUCUUCAAAUACAACAAAAACUGUGAGUAGCUGAUGAAUGCAAUAAUGAAUGUAUCAAAUACACACACACAAACAAAGAAAUAUAGAUAUAUUCCAAAUACAAAUUGCUGAUGUACAAUAUUUGAAAGUUAAGAAUUCUUCAUGUCUGUAUAUAAGAAAGCCGAAUUCACAACAACAUAAAAGAAAAUUAUAAACCAAAAGUGUGAAAUACAAGUAAAAUAUCAUAAAAAAUUAAA